UGAGCGAGCAGAAUAGGACAAUUGGUAAAUACGAGUACAUUAAAGAUAAACUCUUGGAAAUAUCUCAAAGCUCUUGGAAUAAAGUGCCAAGUGUUGUCAGAUGUGUUCCAUUUUAUUCCCGGCCUGUGUGAACCUUUUGCCCAUCUAACACAGCAAAUAUGCCACCGACUCCCUGUGGCAAAUGCACCAGCUGCCCUUGCGGCGUAAAUGGUAGCAUAGCGCCAACAGUCCAACAGGUGCGCGCCCAGCCACAGCAGGUGCGCUCCCCGCCACAGCAGGUGCGCUCCCCGCCACAGCAGGUGCGCUCUCCGCCAACGUCAGCGUCCCCGCCUGCUUCCCCGCAGACCCCACAACAAGCACGAGCGGAUCUCUCGUACCUGCAGACAACACCGCCAGUGCAGCAACAAUACCUGCCGCAGCCACAAACUCCACCACAACAGCAACAUCAAUACGAGCAGCCACUCUUUCAAUCUACAUUACUGCCUCAGGAGUCGGUGCAGCAGGAAGAAGUGAGAUACCAACAGCCACCGCCACCUCUACCGCCACCGCAGACUCCACCAAACGCGACCAGAGGAGGCAGCUGUCAGGGGCACUGCCUAAGCCACGCAAGAGAAGGAUCUGCACCGGCGCACUGUACGAUACAGCGAUACCCACCCCAAGCACAGUCAUCACUAUACCAGCCGGAUCAGUCAUCCCUGCAGGGAUAUGGCCAGCCACAGCCAGCAAGGCAAACAUAUCCCAUGGCGCAGCCACCACAGCCGCCACAAUAUGCGGCAGUACAACAAUCCCAACAGUAUGCCGAGAGAAAACAAUCGCAACAGUAUGCCGGGGGACAACAGCCGCCACAAUACGCCGGAGGACAACAACCUUCACAAUAUGCCCCAGGACAACAAUCGCCACAGUAUGCGGGGGGACAACAGCCGUCACAAUUUGCCACAGGACAACAAUCGCCACAAUAUGCCGGGGGGCAACAACCGGAUGAGUAUGCGCACGAGCAACCUCAACAGCCGCCGGCGCAGAAAAAGGAAGUUGCCAGUUGUGUGGCACCAAUAACGAAGGUGCAAAGAAAAAAACCCAGCAUGAGUUGCAGUUGCGUCAAGAACAGGACGCGCAAUUCGAAUGUUUCGAGUGGUGCCAGAAAGACCCGACUAGGUCCUGGAGGUAUAGUGGAAGUGGAGGAAGAAGAGCCAGAUCUGCCCAUUGCGGAUACCUAUACUUGCACGCGUACAAUUCGGUCUUCAGACCCUCGGGAAGUCGGUGGCCCCCUCGCACAGCAGGAACAGUUGCGUUGCAACUGUCGCGAGAAAAAGAAAGUUGCCUGCCACUGUAAGGCGCCGGUUAAGCCAGUCGCUCAGGAGAAGCCGGGUCAAGCCUCUCCGUCAACACGUCCGCCACCCACCCAUGCUUUCGUGGGCUGCGGUCAGCCCUAUGCAGGUCCAUCGACCUACGAUCGCUCGUCGCAUAACAAAUGCGGACAUUGUUCCGCAAAGAAGAAGUGCGUUAUUCAGUGAUCGAUGCGAUGGCACAUCAAGGUGGUCAAUGGAACACAUUUUCUAAAUUUAAGUGCAUUCAAAUCUUUAGGGUUUUGUGGUCCAGUCUCGGCCUUUCUAAACCUUUUCAGCAAAACAAAAUGCGAACAAUAAACCAAAUUGUAUAGCAACAAAAUCUCAUCCAAGUCGUGAAUUUCUUUACGCUAAGAAACUGCACUGCACCAGCUCCACCCACGUAGUGGUAGAUUUACAAGGAUAACCCAAAGGCUCCUGAAACGAAAAAACCGUACGAGAAAAGUGCCAAGUGGCAAGUGUCACAUUUUUUGAAUAUUUAAAACAGUUUUUGUAGUCGUCUCACAUGUGUUUUAUUGUGCUCCCCGAGUUCCUUGAUUUUCGUGGCUGGCCUUUGACCAACUGAGCCGAAAUGGGCAAAACCAAACCCAACAAGUGCAAGCAGUGCCCCUGCGGUAUGACCGGCAGUGUAACGAUAAUUACGAAUGAUGGAGCACAAGUACAACAUUCUGAAGUGCAGCGGGCACCGCCGCCACCCCAGUGUCGUGUGUACCGCGGCCCACCACCUGGAUACCCGGGACACUUGGAAGCAGAAAAUCGCAAUUCCGGGCCCCCUGCCAAACCUCGCUACCACUGCGGCCACUGCAAAACAUCGGGCGGUAGCAAGUGCGUAGUUCAGUGAUCGCUGAUCAGCAGGCAGGAAGGAAUCAGACAUAGCAGGCGCUCGGAAUGGAACACAUUUGUUACAUUCAAACCCAUCUAAAUUGUCAGUGCUCUAUCCUUCAAUAUCCCAAAUAUUUUGAACAUGCAAAAACAAUAAACCUAACCCAAAUGCUGUAGCCAACGGGCAAGUAGCAUUCUAUGGCGGCACAGAACAGAGUCCCACCCAA